AUGGGUUCACUUCAGUGUGCCCACGUGCUUCUUUUUCCAUUCAUGGCCAAAGGCCACACCAUCCCCCUCCUCGACUUCGCCCACCUCCUCCUCCGCCGCAACAUAUCCGUCACCGUUCUGACCACCCCCGCCAACCGUCCAUUCGUAACUGAAUCCCUCCAAAACACAACUGCGUCCAUUGUCGAUAUCCCAUUCCCUGCUAACGUCCCGGAUAUUCCCACCGGUGUCGAGAGCACCGAUAAACUCCCUUCGAUGUCUCUGUUCCAGAAGUUCGCCUCUGCCACUGUGCCCAUGCAGCCCCACUUCGAAAGGAUGCUGGAGACUCUACCGAGUGUAAGCUUUAUAGUUUCUGAUGGCUUCUUAUGGUGGACCCUAAACUCGGCAUCCAAGUUUGGUAUUCCGAGAUUGGCGUACCUCGGCAUGAGCUCUUACUCUGAAGCCAUUACCAGAGAAGCUUUUAUCUCUGGGAUCUGCUAUGGGCCCCAGCCUGAAGACGAGCCAGUCAAGUUGAAGCGGUUCCCGUGGAUCCGGCUCAGCAAGAACGACAUAGACCCCGAGAUUCGAAACCCAGACUCGGAAGGUCUUGCUUAUAAUGAGCUCAUUGUGAAGGUGCUUUCAUCCACCGCUGAAAGCGGAGUGUUGGUGAACAACUUCUAUGAGCUGGAGCCUGUGUUCGUGAAUCAUAUGAAGGAAGCAUACAACCAAAAACCAUAUUACAGCGUGGGCCCGUUUUGUCUGGCAGAAGAGCCAAGGAAUAAGCUAAGUGUAGAAUCUAGAGAACCGACAUGGAUGGAGUGGUUAGACAUGAAGCAGGAAGUUCUGUACGUGGCGUUUGGGUCACAGGCAGAAAUAUCAAGUCAACAGUUGAAAGAAAUAGCGAUUGGUUUGGAAGAAUCGAUGGUGGAGUUUAUGUGGGUGAUAAGGAAGGCGGAGUGGGAGCUGCCUCAAGGGUUCGAAGAAAGAGUGGAGAAGAGAGGGAUCGUAGUGAGAGAGUGGGUCGACCAGAGGGCGAUACUGAGGCACGAGAGUGUGAAGGGGUUUCUGAGCCACUGCGGGUGGAACUCGGUGCUGGAAGGAAUAUGCGCAGGAGUUCCGAUACUGGCAUGGCCAAUGAUGGCGGAACAGCACCUGAACGCGAAAAUGGUGGAGGAAGAGAUAAAGGUGGGGAUGAGAGUGGACACGUACCACGGUUCAGUUCGAGGGUUAGUGAACGGAGAAGGGGUGAGGAAGAUGGUCAGGGAGUUAAUGGAAGGAGAGAAGGGGAGAGAAGCGAGGAAGAAGGUGAGAGAGUUGGCUGAGACGGCGAAGAAGGCGGUGGCGGAAGGCGGCUCAUCCUGGCGAGCCUUGGACUCACUGCUUGCGGAGGCAUGGAGCAGGAAGACAGAAUCCUCCGGUGAUCGUAGUAAUGGUAUGUAAUUGGUUUACCCGCGCCUGUUACGGCAAUGUGCUUGUGUUCAUUAC